AUGGACUUUAACCAGCUAAUCAGAGAGCUACUGCCGCCGAUCAUAGGCCCCAACAUGUCCAUUACAGCAGAUGGCAGUAGCCCUGCCGGCAACGCCUCGACGACCCACGGGAGCCUCCGCAUGAACGGGCUGGGGAUAGAGGGCCUCCUGAUGCCCCUGCUCGGGGGAGGGAUGCACGCCAACCCGCUCAUGCGCACCUUUAUGCUCGUCAACCAGACCAUGGGCGCCUACCUGGGCAUCGACCCGACGGCCCUCGUCACCGCCAUGGGCUUCGUCUGGGCCACCUAUCGCCUGACGCGCCAGUUCUGGUCCCUCGUCUGGCACGGGCUCGUGCUGGAGUACAUGACGUCGAGCGUCUCCGUGGUCAGUGACGACGAGAUCUUUGACCACGUCAUGACCUGGCUCGCCGCCCAGCCCCGCACCGAGAGGUCGAGGUUGCUGAUGGCCGAGACGGCUCUUCACUCCGCGUGGGAAGACGAUCAUGGUGAGCAUGCUGCAAUGCGACAGGCGGUUCCGGUGACGGUCUCCGAGGACGGUAAGGAGUACGUCAAUUUUUCGCAGCAAAAGGCCCACACGCCACCAAGAUACAUACCUGCUUUUGGUAUCCACGGCUUCUGGUUCCGGCACAGGUACUUUAGUCUUCACAGGCGGCAGAAACCCGUCAUGGAAGGCAGCAACAUUGCACCGGCAGCCGUUACCAUCAGAGACAAAGAGACUAUGGUGAUCUCCUGUUUUGGACUUUCCCCAGAACCGAUCAAGGAGCUCCUCGCCCACGCCCGGGAGCACUUCUACAAGGACCACUACGCAAAGACGCUAAUAAAGCGGCCCAACAGCUCUGUGGUCCGGCGACACGGCCGAAACUCGUGGACGUCCGUCGCCAACCGUCCCGUCCGCCCCAUGAACACGGUCGUGCUCGACCAGGAGCAAAAAACGGCCGUGCUGUCCGACAUGAACGAGUACCUGCAGCCCGAGACGCCGCACUGGUACGCGAACCGCGGUAUCCCGCUGCGCAGGGGCUACCUGUUCCACGGCCCUCCGGGCACAGGCAAGACGUCGCUCUCCUUUGCGCUAGCCGGCGUCUUUGGUCUCGAUAUAUACGUCAUUAGCCUCCUGGAGCCUCAACUCAGCGAGGAGGACUUAUUAAACCUCUUUAACAACCUGCCGAGGAGGUGCAUCGUUCUUUUGGAGGACAUUGACACGGCCGGCCUGAGCAGAACCCAGCACAGGAGCGGGCGCGAGGUCAGGACAGACACCAAAACGACCAAGACGACGACCGGUAACAGUAACGGGGCUGCCCAGCCUAGCGGACCCAGCGAGUGGAAUGUUACGGAUCUGGCCCGAGCCCUCAAGGGGGGAAGAGGCGGCGACGGCGAGCAAAAGGGAAUCUCCCUGUCGGGCCUUCUCAACGCCAUCGACGGCGUGGCGUCGCACGAGGGCCGCGUACUCAUCAUGACGACCAACAGACCCGAGGCGCUGGACGAGGCCCUCAUCCGCCCCGGCCGCGUCGACCUGCAGGUAGCUUUUAGCAACGCGACGCAGGAGCAGGCGAGCGAGCUGUUCCAGCGCAUGUACACCACCGACCAGACCACCAAACUUCCGCCGUUUACAGAUCUCCAGCAACGGAAGGACGCUUUAGAAAAAAAGGAUCAUCUGGACAUUCCCAUCACUGACGCGGACGAGCUUCGCAGGGUAGCGGCCGAGUUCGGCUCCAAGAUCGUCCCGGGUCAGCUGUCACCAGCCGAGAUCCAGGGCUUCCUGCUCAAACGCAGAAAGUGGCCGCGCAGAGCUCUGCGCGACGUUGAGGCUUGGGUAAAGGCUAUGGUGGAUCAGAAGGCUAAUAAGAGCAAGGUAACGCAGGCACAAUGA